AUGGUGGCUUACACCUACAGUUUCAGCUACAAGGAAAACAUAGGAGCCCAAUCCGAAGCAGAUAUGAUGUGGUUUCCCACCAGGCACAGCUUCCUAACUGCAGUGAGCUUCCUACUCCUGUUGCUCUUCAUCGCUUGGAAACUCCUUGAACAAACUGAACAUAGUCAAAACCUGGUGAUUACUGAAGACCAAGUUGCAACAUCAUGGCUGACAGUGGGUAUCUCCUCAGUGUCACAACAAAAUCAAGGCAACCUGUUGAAUACGCUGGCUUCAUUAUACCGUGCCUGCUCUCCAGCUGAGAAGAAACAGCUCACAGUGCUGGUCCACCUAGCAGAUGCCAACUUCACCUGGCUCCAAAAAACCGUCGCCCACAUUUCAAGACUCUACAGCUCACAGAUCUUAGCAGGGAAGUUGCUACUGAUCCAUGCUCCCCCCGAUGCCUACCCCACUGUAGAAGGCACCCAGAACGAGACCUCGCAAGGGCAGUUCUACUCCAAGCAGAACACAGACUACGCCUUCCUCAUGAGCUUUGCCCGAAACCUGUCUACUUAUUUCCUGCUAAUUGAGGACAAUGUCUUUUGUGCCCCCAACUUUGUCACCCACAUUUAUUCCACGGUGGCCACCAUGAAACCCACCUCAUGGGUGCUCCUAGAGUUCUCUAACAUGGGGCUCCUUGGCAAGCUCUUCCAUAGCAGGAAUCUUCCUUUCUUGGCCCAGUUCCUCCUCCUAUUCCACAAGGAAAAACCCCUUGACAGACUGAUCCUUCACUUUCGUACCCUCCUGAUCCAGAAAACCCCUCUCCUCUACAGACCAUUCCUCUUCUAUCACAGGCUGUACAGCCACCCCACCGGUGACAAAAAUGCCACAAGCAUUCACGAGAAUCCUCAUGGUCCUCACGUCUUCCCUGCAGCUGUUUACACGGACAUGAAGGUUUUUGAUGUUCAUUUGCCCUGGGAGGCCUAUACACUGGAUGAGUCAUUUUUUUUGACCUACAACGUUAGCACAGGGAAUCAUUUGACAGUACUUUUGAACCAUCCAGCAAACCUGAGAAGAGUGCAAGUGAUAACAGGUGCCAUUGUGGAUGGAAAGUACACCCUACAGAAGGGGCAGGUGGAGCUAGGUUACAGCCCUGAUGAAAUACCUCAAUACUGUGCCAACUUUGUCCUGCUGGACUAUCUCCAGCAAGGGCUGAUGGAUCGGGAGAUUCUUCUGGAAAGUCUGGGGAAGCAAGUGAGCUGUGUGAGGGUGGUGGUAAAUGCUAACCAGGCUGGUGGUCUAAUCAUUAGACACAUUUACCUCUGGAAGGAAAAUGCCAGAUGAACGGAAAAUGCUGUUGAGAGUUAAUGAUAAAUCAGUAUGAGCAUUUAAAAGGGCAAAGCCAUGUG